AUGUUGUGUUGAGAGCCCUUAAGGCCGAGUGGGGCUCUUUCUAUGGAAGCGACACAUGGGAGGCUGGGUCUUGCACCUUGAUGCAAGGCGUUACCUGCAACAAGGAUGGCUGCCUUACGUCUUUGAGUGUCAUUCAACAAACUCUUUCGAAGCCGAUCCCUUCCUGCAUAAGCGCCCUGACCUGCCUUCAGUCGUUCACUCUGGUUGACUGCCAAUUGACGGGGUCUAUUCCAUCCUCCCUCUUCACCCUACAUACCCUCACCAAGCUGGAGCUUGAUGGCAAUGAUCUCUCUGGCUCUAUCUCUGCCAGUAUCAGCAAAUUGACCAACCUUGAAUACUUCUCAAUUCAGGGAAAUAUGCUGGAUGGCUCAAUGCCUGUGGGAAUGUCAUGCUUGAGGAAGCUCAAUCUCCUGAAACUAAGCCACAACGCCCUCUCAGGGCCUCUUCCCCAGUUCAUUUCAUCUCUCACCAACCUUUGCACCUU